GUUUGAAGUUGUUGUGACAGUAUUAAUUAAUACUCCAUUUCUUGUGAAAUUAGGCAUUAUACACUUGUCCAUACUAAGUCAAUUGCAAUUAUCAUGCCACAAAAAGUAUAUGAUUCUGAAGAAAAUCACUUACAAUCAUUUUAUUCAUUGCAUUUGUUAAGAAUGGAUGUCUGUUCAAAGGCUUUUCUGCUAAUUACUCUACUGUCCUUGCUAUAUUGUGCAGGAGCCCCUAAACACCCGGAUUGCGGUCCAGCUGGACGCUGCUACACUGUCAAUGCGCUAUUUGGAAGUUUUAGACAGACAAGAUGUGUUCCUUGCAAAAUGAAAACUUGAUCUAAUCAUUUAACUAGUUUGGAAUGCGAUUUUUAACAUUCGCUAAAGUAAACACCCAAAAAUAAAUUUUUUUUUUGCUUAA